AUGACCCAACUCAACAACACACAGCAGGUAUCAGGACCAGCAUCCAACCUGCGCCUCACUCUCUCCGCAGAUGCGGGCAACUCGAGUCUUCUCGCUACCAUUUACCCUCCUGCAGAGCCAGGAGCAGACGGCACACCUCCAAAACGCGCACCCGUCGAUCUGUGCUGCGUAAUUGAUGUGUCUGGUAGCAUGGACGACGACGCUGCCGUCCCAAGUGAGCAAGACAAGCCACUUGAGGUGACAGGAUUGAGCGUCAUGGAUGUCACAAAGCAUGCCAUGAAGACCAUUAUCUCUAGUAUGGGAGAAGCAGCAGCUCAAGG